CAACUGCAUGUGUUCAGAGUGGGAAGAGUGGUCAGAAUACACACCAUGCUCUGCUCAUUGUGGGGGUGGUGUAAAAUCAAGGAAUCGGGUCAGAAAAUGUGACGAUGACGAUACAGACACAACACAUGCCACCAUCUGCAUUAAAAAGGCUACACAAUAUCAAGUCUGUAAUACUCAAGAAUGUGGAUGCGAAAAAAUAUGUUCUUCUUGGAGUGGUUGGAAUGAAGGAAAAUGUACACUAAUGUGUGGUGGAGGUACACUUACUGCGACCAGAACGAGGCAAUGUCAGGGGUCAAUUGGUUGUAUUGAAAAAGACCAAGCGAGUAAACCAUGUAAUACACAACCAUGUGUUGGAUGCUCAUGUGAUUCAUGGUCACAAUGGUCUGAUUUUGGUCCAUGUUCUUCAAUUUGUGGUAAUGGUGAACAAAGACGGAACAGGACGAGAGAAUGUUCACCAAAACUGCAGUGUUUAGGAGCAUCAAUAGAGUAUGCAUCAUCUCAUUGUAAUCUUGGUGUCUGUUGUAAUGAUGCUUGCACACCAUGGUCGUCUUGGAGAGGAUUGACUUGUUCCGCAACAUGCGACUAUGGUACCGCAAAACAAAGACGGAUGCGGAUAUGUGCUCUUCCGUCUUGUAAUGAUACAGAAGACAGCAUAGGUGAAUGCAAAACACGUACAUGUACAGAAACUUGUGGUUCAACAUGUACACAAUGGGGAACAUGGACAUGGUUACCUUGUUCGAAGUCUUGUAAUGGUGGAACUAGAAUUCGACAACGAACAAGAAAGUGUACAUUUCCAGAUUGUCUCGAAGAAGAUAUUUAUUCCGCAACAUGUAAUAAUUUCAUAUGUAUUGAAUGUAACGAUACUAUUGCGUGUUCUGUUUGGAGUAACUGGUUAGACGGCGACUGUUCGGAGUCAUGUGAUGUUGGCAAACAAAUUCGAACAAGAAAUAGGACAUGUAACAUACCAGAAUGCAAGGCGGAAGAUUCAUAUGAGGAAAUCUGUAAACGUAAAACAUGUGAAGAAACAUGCGACUCAACAUGCAGUGCAUGGUCAGACUGGUAUCAUGGCCGAUGUAGCCAAACUUGUGACGAGGGAUCAUUAAUACAACAUAGAAAUAGGACAUGCAUCUAUGAUGAUUGUCAAAGCAUGGAGAAAAAAUCUUUGCCAUGUUUAAACCAAAAGCCUUGUCCUGCAACUUGCAACAAGUAUUGCUCUCUCUGGACUGGCUGGAGGAGUUUCGACUGUUCUGUCAUGUGUGGUGGUGGAACUUUAAUCUGGACGAGAGUUAGACAAUGUGAUCAUCCUGAAUGUCAACCCACAGAAACUACAACCUCUCUUUGCAAUACACAAAGUUGUGACGAAAAAUGUGAUUUGAUAUGUUCGAAAUGGUCAACAUGGUCAUUAAUGGGCGAAUGUUCAGCUUCCUGUGGCGUUGGGACUCAAGCUAAAACAAGGAGGAGACUUUGUUCCCAGGAUGAUUGUGAAGUAGUCGGUCAGCAGUUGGAUAGUUGUACGUUAAGUUCCUGUCCAGAUCUGUGUACAGAUGAAUGUUCAGCAUGGUCAAAAUGGGGGGAUGGAAGCUGUUCAGUUACAUGUGGUAAUGGUACCAAACUCACGACAAGUAAUAGGACAUGUAAUCUUUCUAUUUGUACAAAUGAAGAAACGAAAGCUGAAAAUUGUACAGAACUACAAUGUUCAGAACAAAUUGAUUGUGAUGUAAUUUGCGGUAACUGGAGUGAUUGGCUGGAAAGUUCAUGUUCAACUUCAUGUGAUUCUGGAACUGUUAUAAAAAAUAGAACCAGAAUAUGCAACGCCGAUAAGGAUGUGUGUCCUGGUUAUGAAACCAUAUCGAAACAAUGCCGCAACACAACAUGUCCAGAAACUUGUGAUAUUAUUUGUACUUCAUGGUCCGACUGGUACGAUGAAGAAUGUUCAGCUUCAUGUGACAUUGGCACAACACAUAGAGUUAAAACAAGAAGAUGUUCAGAGAAUGAUUGCAAGAUAUCAAGUGUUAUUAUGGUCCCGUGUCAGAAAAUGUCUUGCAGUGAUAUCAUUCAGGAUGAUCAAGAACAUCAACUUGUAACCAGCUCUAAUCCAUGUCAGCAAGGGACCGCCCUUUAUAUGGUACAUCCAUCAGACUGUACAAAGUUCAUACAGUGUUCCAAUGGACAGAACUUUGAAAUGCAGUGCCCUCAAACGACAGGAUGGAAUCCACUUUUAAAUGCAUGUGAUCAUAAACGUAAUAUACCCGGAUGUAGUUAAUGUAUUUUACUUGUUACAAUAUUUAUAAAUAUAUGUUUUAU